GUACCACUGGUAAUCAUGACUUUUGGGCAGUCUAAGCUUUAUCGAAGUGAGGAUUAUGGAAAGAACUUUAAGGAUAUCACAAAUCUCAUCAAUAACACUUUCAUUCGGACAGAAUUUGGAAUGGCUAUUGGACCUGAAAACUCUGGGAAGGUGAUUUUGACAGGGGAUGUGUCUGGAGGAAGUCAUGGAGGAAGAAUUUUUAGGUCAUCUGAUUUUGCAAAGAAUUUUGUUCAGACAGAUCUGCCUUUUCACCCUCUGACUCAGAUGACCUAUAACCCCCAGAAUUCUGACUACCUUUUGGUUGUCAGCUCAGAAAAUGGCCUGUGGGUGUCGAGGAACUUUGGGGGAAAAUGGGAAGAAAUCCACAAAGCAGUAUGUUUGGCCAAGUGGGGAUCACAAAACACCAUCUUCUUCACUACCUAUGUGAAUGGCUCCUGCAAAGCUGACCUUGGAGUAUUGGAAUUAAGAAGAACCUCUGACUUUGGCAAAAGCAUCAAGACCAUUGGAGUAAAAAUCUAUUCUUUUGGCUUGGGAGGACGAUUCCUCUUUGCUUCAGUGAUGGCUGAUAAAGGUGCAACAAGAAGGAUUCACGUGUCUGUAGAUGAAGGAGAGACCUGGAGUAUGGCUCAGCUUCCUUCUGUGGGACAAGAACAGUUCUAUUCUAUUUUAGCAGCCAAUGAUGAUAUGGUGUUCAUGCAUGUUGAUGAACCUGGGGAUACUGGAUUUGGCACAAUCUAUACCUCAGAUGAUCGAGGCAUCGUUUAUUCAAAAUCACUGGAGCGACAUCUUUAUACUACAACAGGAGGGGACACAGACUUCACCAAUGUGACCUCCCUCCGAGGGGUUUACAUGACCAGCGUCCUCUCAGAAGAUAAUUCUAUCCAGUCUAUGAUUACUUUUGACCAAGGAGGAAGGUGGAAGCUCCUGAGGAAGCCUGAAAACAGCAAAUGUGAUUCAACGGCUAAAAAUAAAGAGGAGUGCAGCCUUCACAUCCAUGCCUCCUACAGUAUUUCCCAGAAGCUGAAUGUUCCAAUGGCGCCCCUCUCAGAACCCAAUGCCGUUGGCAUAGUCAUCGCUCAUGGUAGCGUGGGAGAUGCCAUCUCAGUGAUGAGCCCAGACGUUUACAUUACCGAUGAUGGGGGCUACUCCUGGACAAAGAUGCUAGAAGGACCUCACUAUUACACCAUCCUGGAUUCGGGGGGCCUUAUCGUGGCCAUUGAGCACAGCGGCCGUCCUAUCAAUGUGAUUAAGUUCUCCACGGAUGAAGGACAGUGCUGGAACAUAUACACAUUUUCCAAGGAACCCAUUUAUUUUACUGGCCUGGCAUCAGAGCCAGGAGCUAAAUCCAUGAAUAUCAGCAUUUGGGGUUUCACAGAAUCUUUCUUAUCCCGGAAAUGGGUCUCCUACACCAUCGAUUUUAAAGACAUCCUUGUCAGGAACUGUGAAGAGAAAGACUAUACUGUAUGGUUGGCUCACUCCACGGACCCUGGAGACCAUGAUGAUGGUUGUAUACUGGGCUACAAAGAAGAGUACCUUCGCUUGCGAAAGUCUUCAGUCUGUCAUAAUGGUCGAGACUACGUGGUGACCAAGCAGCCAUCCGUCUGCACCUGCACCCUAGAGGACUUUCUCUGUGAUUUUGGCUACUUCCGUCCAGAAAAUGAUUCCAAGUGUGUGGAACAACCAGAGCUGAAAGGCCAUGACCUAGAGUUCUGUCUGUAUGGGAAAGAAGAACAUUUGACAACAAAAGGGUACCGGAAAAUUCCUGGAGACAAAUGCCAAGGAGGAAUGAGUCCAGACCGAGAGGAAAAGGACUUGAAAAAGAAGUGUACAAGCAGUUAUUUGAGUCCAGAUAAGCAGAAGUCUUCGUCAAAUUCCACUCCAAUUAUCCUGGCCAUUGUGGGACUGAUGCUGAUCACAGUCAUAGCUGGCGUUCUCAUUGUAAAGAAAUAUGUCUGUGGGGGCAGGUUUUUGGUGCAUAGAUACUCCAUUCUGCAGCAGCACGCAGAGGCCAAUGGUGUCGAUGGAGUAGACACUUUGGACACGGUCUCCCAUAACAAUAAAAAUAGUUACCACGAUGACUCGGAUGAGGAUCUCCUAGAAUAGUCGUUUGAAGGAGUUGGGACAAGCAGGCUUAAGUGUUGGUGAUGAAUCUGCAUUGCUCCUCAUGACGCCUGUUCUCUGAUCUGGGGAAUGUCUUCCCAGGAUGAGGAACCCAGCUCCAUUUUAUGCUGCUUCCAGUCAGACCCAAAGGACCUUCACAACAGAAAUGCAAGACGGGGAUGUAAAACCCUAAGACUCUUCAGGAUUCAAUGCCUCUGAGAAGAGAAGAAGUUCUUAAAUAAUUUCUUUUUAUUUUAAUUUGUCCUUCUGCUGAGCGUGGUGGGGAUUUUUUCAAAAAGGGAAAUGAAAUGGAAUUUG